GCCAAUGUGUGCAACAAUAUUGAAAUAUAGUACAACAUGGGAGAUUUGUACAGAGCAGAAAUACUUUAUGUGUUACAGAAAAGGGUCUCGUGAUCCCUUCCUGAUUAAACAGAACAUGACCUGGUAUGAGGCUCAGAGUUACUGCAGAGAGAACUACACUGACCUGGUCAGAAUCAGGAACGAGGGACAGAAGGAGGAAGUGAAGAACAAAGGGAUGAACAGCAACAUUCCUUACUGGAUCGGCCUGCUGUAUGAUGACUGGGAGUGGUCUGAUGGAGGGAGAUCUGCCUACAGAGACUCUCCUAUUCGAGGAGAUAGUCAUGCUGUUGUUUACUUUUCUGAAAAAACUAUACUCGCAGUGCCAAAUGUAAAUAAUGAACAAUCACUCUGCUCUGAAGGAUCAGUUAUCAUCCACGUCAUCAGUGAAAGAAUGUCUUGGGAACAGGCUCUGGACUACUGCAAGAAGAACUACCAUGGACUGCUGCGAAUUGAGACAGAAGAAGACCUGGGGGCGAUCAAGCAGAAGUUUAAUGGGACCGAUUUUACUGGUCCUGUGUGGGUCAUUGCUGAUUGA